AGUAACGAACCAAAUUGCCAAACAAACAAAGUUUCAAAAAAAUUAAAAAAAAGAGUGAAAGCUAUUCUCUUUUGUUGAAUCUACAAGCUUCUUCUUUUCUUAUUCAAACAAACUCAAGGAAUUAUGGAUGCAGAAGGGUAUGAUGUAGAAGUUACAGGCCUAUCUCCUAAAACUACGGAGACGGAUCUUUACGACUUUUUCUCCUUUUCGGGUUCUAUUCACCGUGUUGAACUUGUCAGGUCGGGUGAUUAUGCGUGUACCGCAUAUGUGACAUUCAAGAAUGCAUAUUCUCAAGAGACCGCUGUCUUGCUUAGUGGUGCCACGAUUUUGGACCAACGUGUAUGCAUAACACGCUGGGGACACUAUGUAGAUGAAUUCGAUAUGUGGAACAGUCCUUCAGCAAGAGUUGAAGAUGAAACGGAAACAACUAACGACCCAGGGAGAAGUCAAUAUGUUCCUAGUGCUGGAGAAGCAGUAGCUAUGGCUCAGGGAGUCGUCAAGGACAUGGUGGCCAAGGGAAAAUACACGCUGGGGAAGGCGAAAGCUUUUGAUGAGUCUCACCAAGUUACUGCAACUGCUGCAGCUAAGGUUGCAGAGUUAACGGAGAGAAUUGGGCUUGCGGAUAAGAUUUUUGCGGGUAUGGAAGCUGUUAAAGCUGUGGAUCAGAAGUACCAUGUGUGUGAUGUGACCAAAUCGGCGGUGUCAGCAACCGGAAGAAGUGCUGCUGCUGCUGCAAACAGUGUGGUAAACAGUAGCUAUUUCUCCAAGGGAGCGUUUUGGUUGUCGGGUGCUUUGAAUCGAGCAGCCACUGCUGCUGCUGAUUUGGGUAGCCGGGGUGCUCAACCGCACCAAUAAGACUCAUAUAAAUUUUUGAUACUGUAUGUAAUUGUUGUGAUAGUAUAUAAUGGAGUGUAUAAUACAUAUUGGUUUCUUGAAGCCUAAUUUUAAUUGAUUGAUAAUAUAUACAGAAUUUUUUGUUUUGACUUUC